AUGGCUUCCGUCAUGGGGGAUGCGAUCAUGGUGCUCAAAGGCCUUGCCAAGCUGACGGAGGCGGCUGUGGAGACCCACCUGCAGCACUUCGGCCUGGGAGCGGAGUUCAUCAUGGCGGCCCGGGCCCUGCAGUCCACGGCUGCAGAGCAGAUCAGCAUGUUCUUGGGGACGGUGAAGGAGCAGGACAAACACGAAGAAUCUUACAUGUCGGAGAGCUUUGAUGACCCAGAAUCAGAGUUCCACUUCUCAGGGCCGACAGACUUCUCUGCAGCCGCCUCUCAGGAGUCUUCGUCUGCGCCCCAGGAGCACGCCAGCAGCAGGGGCCCCGCCCCUGCCUAUGCUGACAGUGGACCCUUCAGGGAAGCUGGGCUCGCAGGGCAGACUGCCUCUCCUCUGGGCAGGGGCAACGGGAGGCUUUUCGUAGAGAGCGGAGCUCCCUUCUCCCCCGCUGGCCUGCAGCGAAGGUUCUUCCACCAGGACCAGUCCCCUGUGGGCGGCCUCACGGCCGAGGACAUAGAGAAGGCCCGGCAGGCCAAGGCGCGCCCCGAGAACAAGCCCCACAAGCAGAUGCUCAGUGAGCGGGCUCGGGAGCGGAAGGUGCCAGUUACAAGGAUUGGGCGGCUGGCCAACUUUGGAGGUCUGGCCGUGGGUCUGGGCUUCGGGGCUCUGGCUGAAGUCGCCAAGAAGACCCUCCGCUCGGAGGACUCCUCAGGGGGGAAGAAGGCCGUGCUGGACUCCAGCCCCUUCCUGUCGGAGGCCAACGCGGAGCGCAUCGUGAGCACGCUGUGCAAGGUGCGCGGGGCGGCGCUCAAGCUGGGCCAGAUGCUGAGCAUCCAGGACGACGCCUUCAUCAACCCCCACCUGGCCAAGAUCUUCGAGCGCGUGAGGCAGAGCGCGGACUUCAUGCCCCUGAAGCAGAUGACGAAAACUCUCAACAGCGACCUGGGCCCCAACUGGCGGGACAAGCUGGAGUACUUUGAGGAGCGGCCCUUCGCGGCCGCCUCCAUCGGGCAGGUGCACCUGGCCCGGAUGAAGGACGGGCGGGAGGUGGCCAUGAAGAUCCAGUACCCGGGCGUGGCCCAGAGCAUCAACAGCGACGUCAACAACCUCAUGGCCGUGCUGAACAUGAGCAACGUGCUCCCCGAAGGCCUGUUCCCCGAGCACCUGAUCGACGUGCUGAGGCGGGAGCUGGCCCUCGAGUGCGACUACAAGCGAGAGGCUGCCUGCGCCAAGAAGUUCAGGGAGCUGCUGAAGGACCACCCCUUCUUCUACGUGCCCGAGGUCGUGGACGAGCUGUGCAGCCCCCACGUGCUGACCACCGAGCUCGUGUCUGGCUUCCCCCUGGACCAGGCCGAGGGGCUGAGCCAGGAGAUCCGGAACGAGAUCUGCCACAACAUUCUGGUCCUGUGCCUAAGGGAGCUGUUUGAGUUCCACUUCAUGCAGACUGACCCCAACUGGUCCAACUUCUUCUACGACCCCGAGCAGCACAAGGUGGCUCUCCUGGACUUCGGGGCAACUCGGGAGUACGACAAGUCCUUCACCGACCUCUACAUCCAGGUCAUCAGGGCCGCCGCCGACCAGGACCGGGAGGCCGUGCUGAAGAAGUCCAUCGAGAUGAAGUUCCUCACCGGCUACGAGGUCAAGGCCAUGGAGGACGCACACGUGAACGCCAUCCUCACGCUGGGGAAGGCCUUCGCCUCCCACGAGCCCUUCGACUUCGGCGCCCAGAAGACCACGGAGGAGAUCCACAGCCUGAUCCCCAUCAUGCUGAAGCACCGGCUCAUCCCGCCCCCCGAGGAAACCUACUCGCUGCACAGGAAGAUGGGCGGCUCCUUCCUCAUCUGCUCCAAGCUCAAGGCCCAGAUCCCCUGCAAGGACAUGUUCGAGGAGGCCUACAGCAACUACUGCAGGCAGCGGGACGCGCAGUAG